GAUUGCUUAAAGACUGCUUUACAUUGUUUGAUGAAUUGUCAUUUAUUUAUUAUUGCAGAAUAGGCCAGGAAUAGAAAGAGAUCAAUCUUUUUAUACGAAAUUAGAGAAGUGUUUACCAGAAGAGCAUACGCUGAAAGGUCUCAUUUCGACAUCACGCUAUUAUGAAAUUGAAUGUCCCCAGGGAGAUUUGAAUGAAUAUCAAGAAGAGAGAAUCGAAAAUGUCAGAAAAUGUAUUGUUCGCACUGCACGAAGCCUUUCGCAUUGGGGUGAAAAAAUUCCAUUAACAUGGUCAAUGUUUGAGAAAUUUAUUAGAGAAAACAAGGAGAAGAAGAUGGAAAUUCUAAGCAGAAAAGAACUCUUAAGGAAGAAGGAAUUUAAAUCAUUAGAUGAAUUGGAGGUAGACGAUAUGCUUAGAUAUUUUAAAGAGAUUGGUCUAAGUAUUUAUUUUGCAGAAAAGGGUCUAAGAGAAAAUAUCAUCAUUGACGUCCAGUGGUUUGUAGAUGCAUUUAAAAAUAUCAUUACUGACCCAACUCAUGCUGAACCCUUUUGCGAAAGGGUCAAGGAAUGGGAGAUAUUCAUGAAUACUGGCAGGAUUUCUGAUCUAGCACUUGUCAAGGUAUGGGGAAAAAAAUCUUCGUAUAUUGCUCAAAAAGACAUAAUCAUACCCUAUAUGGAGAAACUUGGCAUUCUUGCUAUAGUGCGAACAGAAAGAAAUGCAAGAGAGGAGAAUAUGAUACCUGAUUACUACAUUCCUAGCAUCAAUAAAACUGAAUUCAGGAAAGAAUGUAGAAUUACGGAAGAUGUCAACAAAACUCCCGUUUUAGUAUUUUGUUUCAAAACGUUCAUCCCACAUUUCUUUUUCUUUAGACUGGUAGCAUUGUGCUUUUCUAUGUGGGAACCCUUGCGUGAUGACCUAGUAUGCAAAAAUGUUGCUUUUUACAAAGACAAAGGUGGUGACCGAAACAUUGCUAUUGCAGUGAACAAAACAUCCAUUCAGUUGCAAGUGUAUACCCCAGAUAAAACAAUCCAGCUUACAAAUGACAAAACUAAAGAAAUCAGAGCAACAAUUGAAAAAAUGAUGAAUAGCAUAACAUCUACAUUCCAUCAACAAGUUCUCUAUGAAGUUGGAUACCCUUGUAGAGACAUAGAUAUAACUGAAGAAGAUGAGGAUUGUUUCUUAAGUGAGGAAGAAGUGGCUGAACUGACAACAAAUAAAAGAAUUUGCCCUAAUAAUUUGUCCCGCAAAAAUCACGAGAAACACGAAAUAGUUCGUGAUGAUCUGUUGUAUUAUUGGUACACGGAGAAUCAUUGAAGAAUCAGAGCAGGCAGAGUCCAUUGGAUCAGUAAAGCUACAGCAGAUUUAGUGUCUCUAAAAUUCAGAAAAGUGGAUAACACUGAACAUUCUUUACAGCAACGUAGAAUUCGUUCGUAAUUAUUAUUGUCGAAUAAAAGUAUGUACAUUUUCA